ACAUUUAACGCCACUCUCAAUAACAUACAUAUUUUAAUUACGCUCCGUUUUUUUUUCUUCCCGUUUAGUAUAAUUGAAAUUAAAAUUAUUUCUUUUUUAUAAACUUCUUUUCAGUCUACACUAAAACAAAGCGAAUUUGGAGGUGGCAAAGAGGGAAUUAGUUAUAUUCUCAAUUGAAAAGUACGGUUAAAUAAUUUUGGUGAAAGAUUUUCGAGUGGAAAUCGAAGAAAUAAGAGGGCACUAUGACAACUAACAAAUUAUUUUCGAUUUCAUUCUUUUUGUGUUUUGCGUGCUUGGUGUGCAUUUCAAAUGCUGAGAACGUGCACUUCUCUGCAGAGUGUAAAAAUAGUGCUCAAGCCGACUGUACUGUACACGAAGUGCGAGUCGUACCGUGUCCUGAAUCUAAACAGGAAAAACCAUGCAAAUUGAAACGUGGCACAUCUGCAUCAAUAGAAUUUGACGUAACACCGCAAUGGAAUGCGGAUACACCUUUUGGACACGUGUAUUCAGUGACGGCUGAGGGUGAUUUACCAAUGGCCGGAAUGGAUACAAAUGCAUGUAAUCAUACAGCAUGCCCAAUUCAAUCAGGACACAGACACACCUAUAGAUAUACCCUACCGUUGGCAAAAAAAUUCCCAGUAGGUUUAUACACCAUUAGAUGGGUCCUUCGUAAGGACGAAGACGAUAACACAAACGAACAAUGCUGCUUUACAACUAAAAUUAAGCUCACUAAAUAGAAGAACACCGCCCGCUGCUCACACGAUAAUUUUUACCGGUCAUUCUUGUCCGUUUUAAUGUUUAUAAUUUGUUUUUUAGUGAACAUAAAAUCAGACACUAUUUUAAGCUGCAGUUAGUAU